UCUGCAGAGCGUGAGUCAGUGCUGUUCACAGAGCAGAGCCGCAAACAGAUCCAGCUGCAGCACAGACACGUUUCUCUCGCACGAGUGUCAACAGGACAGAAGAGCAGGAUGGGUAGAAACAGAAAUUGAGAAAGAAGAGGAAGUGAGGUUGACACAGAAAAUACGUUGGUAGAUCAAGGGCUUCUUGUAGUCGAUAGUUAAGGUGUGAUUUAAACUUUAGAAAAUCACAGAGUUGACUCACCCAGAGAAAAGACAAGUUUACAAUUCUUAUCUCAGACGUGGGGUUGGAAGGUGCUGCACAGAUGUCCUGGUUGUCUCCGGUCCAGUGGGCCAAGUGGACAUGGUCGGCAGUGACUGGAGGUGCAGGAGACAAUGCAGGAAGGGAUGACAAAGAAGACAAUUCAGACUCUGAGGGCGCCUUCGAAACUCCAGAAGCUGAAUCUCCAGCUGUUGUGAAUCUACUGAGCCAACUUGACAACACAAAUAACACAGUUGCUGCUGAUGGCUCAAACAGCAUUCAGGACAGAUGCCAUGAUGUCCUCUCAGCUCCAUCCCAGCAGGUUGACUCCCUGAACAACUUGACCGGCUCCACACCCAACAAAGGCAGCUUUGAUUUGGAUCAAAACCUCAAUUUGACCCUGGGCUCCAAUGCUGGCUCUCGAGAAGAUCUAUCUCCAUCCGGCCACCUUCCCCAGACUGCAGCUCUCCGACCGCCAUCCCUUCCCGUUCUCUCACCACUUAACAAACCGGAUCCUUCAGAGGUGGACGAUGAGGCUCUGGCGACUUCAGACUCUAGUCCAGACACAAUCAGUUGUGAUGAGUGCCUGGACCCCGAUUUGCUGAAUGGCAACGUGAGCUCGAACACUAAAUUGGCCUGUGAGACCAGCAACUCAAUCAUUAAGAACUCCUGCAAACUAAAGCAAAACCAGCAGAUGAAGGAUUUAAAUGGACAGGAUGACCAUCAUGAGGGCCAUGCUACAGAUGAGGAGAAACUGGCAGGGACAGCUGGGACCAAAUCAGAAAAGGAGCAAAACUACCAGGAAUGCAAUUUGACAUCCAAACAAGAUGAGUCAGGCUGCUGCUCUGUGUAUGAAGACACGUGUGAGCUGAAGACAUCAGAAGGAAGUGAGAUGCAGAAAACGGGAAGUCAGGUCCUGGAUUCUAUCUGCAUCAGUGAGGCAGAGAAACAAGCAGUUCUCACCCUCAUCAGAGAGGAGAUCAUCACUAAGGAGGCUGAAACUAAUGACUGGAAAAAAAAGUAUGAGCGGUGCAAACAAGAAGUGGAUGAGAUGAGAAAGAUUGUUGCAGAAUAUGAGAAGACAAUUGCUCAGAUGAUUGAGGACGAGCAACGCAACAGUGUGAACUUCCAGAAGGCUUUGCAUGCGGUGACGGUGGAGAAGGAUGCUGCCCUGGCAGACCUGAACUCCGUGGAGCGUUCACUGUCGGACAUCUUUCGCCGCUAUGAAAACAUGAAAAGCACCCUGGAGGGCUUUAAAAAGAAUGAAGAAGUGCUGAAGAAGUGUGCUCAGGACUAUCUGGCCAGAGUCAAGCAGGAGGAGCAGAGAUACCAGACACUGAAAUUGCAUGCAGAGGAGAAACUAGACAAGGCCAAUGAGGAGAUUGCUCAGGUGCGCACCAAGGCUAGCUCAGAAUCGGUAGCGCUGACCGCGAGCUUGAGGAAGGAGCAGAUGAGGAACGAGUCUCUGGAACAAGCCCUGCUGCAGAAGAAUCAAGAAAUCGAGGAGCUCACAAAGAUCUGUGACGAGCUGAUUGCCAAAAUGGGAAAAAUAGACUGAGCAUUUGCUUGAAGCUAAUCAGCCUGUAUCGCCCCUCCAGUCCUGCAGAGAUGCACUGUGCAUCUGCCUCCAACCAAGAAGCAGCUUCCAUACUGUACCCUGUGCCUGCCCUGCACCUAAGAGACUGCUUAUAUACAGAUGUUUGAAGUAACCUCUUUUAACUUGCAUUUGCACUACUUAUGACCUGAACCAUCAAGGCUCUCAGCAUAUUAAUCACAUGAGAUCACUUUGUUUGGAUUUUGCACCUUUUGUGAGGUUAUCUAGAGCUAUCAAGUGUUUUUCCAUCAUAUCAGGGAACAACAGCUAUAAUAUGUCCACUAAACUCUGACCAAUUUUGCCUCCAGAAUGACAUCAAGUUUAAUUCACCCCUGGGUUUGAUUUUGAAAAUACUUUUAACCUUCUGCUUAGACGAGCUUUCGAGAACAGAUUUAAUAAUGAAUGAUUAAACAAUUAAAAUAUAUUUUUAUACCACUUUCAAGUUAUUUUUUUAGUUUAUCGGUUUGGCCGGAUUGAGUGUGAAAGUGGCCCUCUCUAUCUAAACUAACAGUCUGGGGAAAGGCAAUUUUUAUCAAAUAAACAGUAAUAACUUCCACAGUAACUCUGGAGGAACUGCAAAUGUCAACCGCUCAGGUGGGAGAAUCUGUCAACAGAACAGCUUUUAGUCAUCCUCUCCACAAAUCUGUCUGUUUUAUAGUACUAAUGCAGGAAGAAAUCAUGUCUUGUUUACAGUUGUAUGUGAAUAUAACUAUAAGUCAUGUAGAUGACAAACUCGCGUGGAUACGCGAGUAAUCAAGCAAACGCGAGUAAUCAAGCAAACAGCUGUGUGGAGCUAAACUAACUCAACACUUCAUGCCUCUGAGUGAUGCAUAAUGUUGACAGCAUCAUGCUGUGGACAUGCUUUUCAUGAACAUACUAAUUAUUUUGUGCGCAUGCAGAUUGUUUAUCACUUGCAAGGCCACAUAAAUAAACCUCUAUGAAUUGAGAAAUUUUUCACUACCAUCCUUCUAUAACAGUCUGCAAUUUAUGGAGCUGUUCUGUCAAAUCCACAAAACCAUAACCCUUACUUUUUUUUGUAACUGGGCUAUUUUCGAGUGGAGAUUUUACAAAUUGCAGAUGCUGCUGCUUAAAUAUCGUUACAGCCUGCUUUUUACAAAACCCUGUGAAGUAACCUGAUGUCUUAGAGCUUUUGCCUGCUGUUAAUGUGUGAUUCUUGUCAGAGUUCUUGUUUAUUUUCACUUUUUCAGUUUUGCAAUUUUUUCAGACAUGUUUUAUCACACCAACAAGCACAAUCUGUGUUCAGCACAUGACUGGACACAGCCAUGUGCUGUAUAACAUAAUAUAUGGCUGCUUAUCACAAUACAAAAUUCAAUCUUACAACUAGUGCUUAUGUUGCAUGCGUGUUUGGUUCUCACUUGAUUUUCUACAUGAGAUUUUCUGUCCAGGAAAAAAUAUUGACCUGUCCUUGCAAUGCAGGAUAUGAUAUGUUUAAAAUAUUCCAAUAAAUCAGCUGGUUGAAGAAAAAUUGAAGGAAUUUUUAGGGCUCAUUAUGUGGUUAUUUAAAAUCUAUUAAAGUUAAUAUUCAUUGUGAAUUUGUGAUGUCUGUGAAAUUCACUAACGUCACAAACCCAGAUGUAUAAAGAGUAUAUAUAUUUGUGCCAAUCUGAUGUCAUGUUACCUCGAUACUAGACUGUUUUUCUUUUGCCGUAUUAUUUUGUAACUUCAGACUUUGCUUGAAUAGGAUAUAAAUUUGUAUCUGUAGUUCAUAAAUGACAAUCUCACAUCUGUGUUGAAUCGGUGUGAAUAAUGUGUACAUCCUCCUGAAUAAACAUUCAUAUAGUUUGUUCUACAA